GCAGUGAAAAAUUCUUUGGACAUAACUCGAUGAGAGAGAGAGGUCAAUCAUCAACAGCUGCUAGCAAAGGAAAUCAUGGCUGAUACCCUUCACAUUGUUAGACCAAACUUGCUUUUGUCAAGCACGACAACCACACCAGUCUCUGUGACUGUGCAGUCUCCAGCACUCUUCCAACUUGUUGAGUUUUCUCUGCGCUCCCAGGAGAGAAUCAUCGGUACGCUUGUCGGUACUCGUUCUGAUGAGGAUGGUGAGUUGGUUGUCAAGGACGCGUAUAUCGUUCCUCACACCGAGGAGGAUGAUAUCUUAGAGAUUGAGGAUGCACAGAACAGAGCGUUCUUCAACUUGCACAAGAGAAGCAAUCCAAAGGAUGUCAUUUUGGGUUGGUUCAGCACAUCAGAUGCCAUCGACUCCUUCACGUCUCUGAUCCACGAUUUCUACUCAAAGACUGAACAGUAUCCACCGAUCCACUUGACCUUGUCCUCCGUGAGCGAACUGAACAGCGUGCCAAAGAUCAACACUUAUAUUGCCACAACGGUGGGUGCUUCCUCAUCGCUAGCCAAUGCCAUCAAAUUGGAGAAGGAAUCAAACUAUAUCUUCACACCAAUCCCUAAUAAAGUUGAUUUCGGAGCACAGGAAAAGACAGUAUUGAACCAAGCUGCAAAGGCUGUCUUUGGAGAGAGUGAUGAAAGCGUUGCUCAAUUGGAAUCCAAGUCUGUUGACCUUCAAGUACUUGUUAAUGCUGUUAACCAAAUCGAUUUACUCAUCGACACCACCUUAGAAUACAUUGAGAAAGUAGAACAAGGAUCAAUUGAGGGUAAUGAAGAGUUUGCCAGACUCCUCUUGAGCUCUUUGAACACAAAUGUAAAGUCCUUGAACUUGGAACAGGCCUUCACUUCUCAAAUCCAGGACACUUUGAUGAUUGAAUACUUGACGUCUUCUAUAAAGACUCAACUUGAGUUGUCUGCUAAGCUUGCAACUUUGGCUUAGGAAGGUUGUAAUUAUUAUGCACCACGUUUCUUACAGAA